AUGUCUCACAACGUCCUUAUCACCGGAGCCUCGGGUUACCUUGGUGGUUCUCUUCUCGCGCGGCUGUCAACUCUGCAGUUGAGCGGUGUUAACAAGACAUUUGCCCUCGUUAGGAGCGACGCGCACGCAGAUGCUUGCCGACGUUAUGGCGUCGAACCGCUGAAGUUCAAUGUCCAUGACCAAGCAGCCAUACAUGAGGGAAUUGUCAAAAACAUGGUCACCGUAGUCUAUUACCUGAUCGGUUGCGACCAAUUUGAUAACCAAGGAUUUUUCAUUCAAGCCCUUGCCGAGUCCAAAAAGAUCACUGGACAACAGACUCACUUUAUUUUCACCACGGGUACAAAGCAGUUUGGAAGUUACUGCGGUGCUCCAACCGAUCGACCUCUGCUUGAUACUCAGCCUGAUCUGUAUGAUAUCCAAAAGGCUCAGCGCAGUGAACAUCACUGGGCUCAAACUUCUGUCAAAGUGAACUGUGAUGUUAUUGACAAAGGAGAAGAGCACGGUGUGAAAACGUAUAUCUUUUCACCCUGUAUGGUUUAUGGGAAGGGCGAAGGGUUUGGAAAUCUGAUAUCCAUCCAAGUUGUUGACAUUGUCCGGGCGGCGAAAGGGGCUGGUAGGGUCUACAAAGUUGAGGCAGAACGAAAUGAAUGGCCUGUUUGCCAUAUUACAGACACUGUCAAUCUUUAUAUUCACAUUCUUUUGUCAAUCUUGGACGGCAAGGACCCAGGGUAUGGAAAGAACGGCUACUACCUCGCAUCAUCCGGCCGCGUCGCAUGGCAUGAUGUCUACAAUGCAAUAGCUGUUGCCCUGGCCAAACGUUCCAUUAUUGAAGACGCGACUGUUGUUCAAGCCGACAAUGUAGCCUUGGAGAAAAUGGCUUCUGCUCUUGGAACAUACAAGUCCUUUGUGGGCGCGAGGAUAGCAGGACUGUCAACGUACACCGCUGAGCAUGGUAAGGAGCUCGGCUGGCGGCCUCAAUAUCAGCCUCGACACAUUCUGGAAGCCGCAGAUGACGAGGUGUAUUUCAUCCUGAAAAAUCUUAAGUAG